AUGCUAGCCAGACUGACGUCGAUGGACCGAUUUGACCAGCAAGUCUCCUUCUCGUCGACCUCUUCUCCUACUCCGGAAACAGAAGAUUCUGAUUCUUCGCUUCCGGCGGUGUGCUUCCGUGGAAGAAGUACCACGCAGCAAAUGUGCUUCAAUGCGACGACCUCAUCGAAAAAAGUGGCUCGAUCUGUUAGCUGCUUUUCCAUGCCUAAACAGAACACUUUUCCGCGACCAUAUUCUUCUUGUUGUCUGUCUCCAGUUGCUCAGCUGCGGGUACCUUUUUUUUUCUUUUUUUUUGAGAAGUUUGACUCGGCUAAUCAGUAUAAAAAAUUGUGUGACGCUUUUUCACAAAAGCUUUUUGUAUUAUGUUUAAAAUACGCAGAGGGACAGAUGAACCCUAAAAAGGAGAUUUUUUUAAUUUUUUUGUAAAUUUGGUUAUUGCGGAGAUGCGAUGACGUACGCCGAUUAAAAAUAAUCUAAACUUGGGAAUACGGUUUCAAAAGUAUUCGCAUGUUUGUUAAAAUGUUUCAAUUGGAAUAUUUUUUCAGAAAGACGUGUUGUCCCAGUCGCCAACCGCCCGUGCCUCGGCUGCUCGCAGAAGUCUGAACGCGUCGACGUCUCCAGUCGCGGCGCCGCGAUGUCGCAGUCCUCAGUCGCGUGGUCCGUCCACCUCCCAUCAUUCGCGCACAACUGCUCCGGUGCCUUUAAGGUGAAGCUUUUUAAGUCUGGAAAUUCUAGGUUAAAUUAUUGGAAAAAUGAAACAUUUUUGAAGAGAUGGAGCAUUUUGUGCACAAUGAGGGUUUGUUUUUGCUCCUACGGCGUAUGUGAAUUCCCAUGGGUUGACGAUUAAUUACUUGGCUUCGCUCAAACGUUCAUGGACGCUUCAGCCUUUUCGAAUGACAUUGGAACACAUUCAAUUCUCAAUGUUAGUAACAAGGAAAAAUUAAAAUUUUGUUUGGAAAAACCAGGGAAAUUCAAAAAACUUGGAGGUGGUUCCUUCCGCAAUUUUUUGUUUUGUUUUUCAAAGUAAACCAAAAAAUGGGGUAAUAUAAAAAUUUUUUCGCUAAGUUAUAUCAGGAUCCUUUUUCUCAUUCUUUAAAUGUGAUCUAUGAUCCAAAGAUCAACCGGAAACUUAUUCAUGUAGAACAGGUGAUUCGUUUAUUUUUUUUUUUUGGAAAAAAGACUGACGCGAUAACUGUAGAAUUUUGAUUAAAUUGGACAGUUUGAGGUCAAGUUCGACGCGUAGUGGAAGCUCUCUGAUGGCGCCUCAACACGAUAAUCGGAGAUGGUCCUUGGCUUCGUUGCCUUCAACGAGUGGCUACGGCACCCCAGGCACAGGCAGCAACUCGGCUUUUUCGGUCCGUUCAUUUUUUUUUCAUCAAAAAAGUUUGUUUCGUUCGUAAAUUUGGAAAAUUUGACUUCUGCUAGUGACUCGUUUUCCUCGAUAUUUCGGAAAAAGCUUGCCUUUUUGAUUGCUGAAAAUUGUGAGAUUUUUUUUUUUAAUUUUGCUGUAGUAGCGAUCAACUACCGUCGUUAAAGCAAAAAUUGCUCUGAAAAUCGAAUUUAUUGAAUUAAAAAAAUUAAACUUGUGGAGUUUUAUUCUAUUUCCAAAAAAAAGUGAAUUGCCACACAUCACUGCUUCAAACUAAGGCCAUUUUCAGAGCCAAUAUUCUUCGUCGGAACACCUCGGCGAGAUGUUCGAGUUCAUGCGGAUGGGCAACGCGUCGAAUCGUUUCGACAGCAACGAAAGCUACCCUUCAGAAGAGGCCGUCCCUCACUCCUACAGACCGCGCAGUCGCAGUUUGACGUCCGUUCCCCAUGAUUUCCUCCAUAUUCAUGGAUUCUGCAUUCCAGGAGUCCUGUCAAGUUCGCCAAUGAAAACAACUUGGAGCUGGUCAACCGAACGAGUGUCUACAAAGAGCGGUUCCCGAAGGUCGUUUUCGGAGUUGGUCAAUUGAAGAAUUGGGAAAGGGUUCAGGCGAAAGUUCAAAUGGAAGAACGUUUGGCGGCGUUCGUCUCGGAAAAUGCUCCCUUGAGUGGCGGCGCUUCGACGGCGUCGACGACCGAUGACCACAAAGACGAAGAGCAGGUCAAAAUGCGGAAUCGGCGCUCCACGGUCAUUUUCAUCUUUCUUUAUGAAUAUUAUCAGUUAGAGCGAGUAAUUCCUUGGAAUUCAUUCAAAAACUGUUCUUUUGAAAACCCCGAGUUUUCGUUUCUAACUUCGAAAGAAAACAACCGCUUUACUCAUUUAUUAUCAAUUUUUCAUGAAGGCGAAACAACUUUAUUCGCGUAUUCAUGUAAUCUUGCUUUUUCUGAAAGAAAAAUUCAAAGUUUGCUUUGUUCGUUGAAUCGCUUUGAGCUAUUAAAAAUAAAAAAAUAAGUAGCGGAGAGAUUUCGAAAAGGUAAAAAAAUUUCUGAAUUUUCGACGCUGGUCUCAGUUCUCAACGUCAUUUUUUUCAAACUUCUCAUUUUUUUCUGAUUUUUCAAACCAGUUGAAUCAAUAAGCUUUAUAUUUCAAAUGUUCCUUUUCAGGUUCUCGACGCGGAAAGCUUCGCCGAUCGUUCUCUUUUGCGCAUUAUCGGCGAUGGUGCGACUCGGUUUUUGCAUCAUCAAAUAGUUGAGGUCCAGCAUCUUCAUUUUUUUUUUCUAAUUUGAGCGUAUUCUCGGUCCCUAUUAUAAAUUUCAAUCAUUAUAAUAUGUCCUUAUUACCCUUUUUCACGUUAAUUGGGUCAAAAAAACCUUUUUUUCUAACAAAAGACAAAUGAUAAGUUUUAUGUUUAUUUUGCAUCUUUUAAGUAAUCAUAGAAGAUCGAAAAAUUCUCAUUUCUGCUAGUUUUUUGUACCGUUUACCUUCUUGUUGACUGAAAAAUGAAAUGGACGAAGUGAGUUUAAAACUGAGUUUAAAGGAUACCUAUGAAAAUUAUUUGCAUUGGUUCAACAGUGAGUGGAACUUUAGCGAAAAAAAACGAGUUAUGGAACAGAAAAUUUCCCUUCGAAGAAAACCCUGAAGUUGUAGGUGGCGGCUGACUGUCUCUCGAGGUCCCGCGACGAUUCCAUCACUUGUUCCUAUUUCUGCGAGAUGAGCCAGCGACUCGACGAAACUCUCAACGAGGUACACCUCUUCUAAACGAUGUUUUUCGUGUCCCUUAUCAUUUCUCUCCCGAUCGAUGUAUGUUGAUUGAAAUGGGGUUGUUUUUAAAGGCGCAAAUGAAAACGAGUCGGGAGUCUCUGACGUACUUGUCCAAGUUGGUCAAGCAGCUGCUCAUGAUCGUCAGUCGACCUGCACGCCUUCUCGAAUGUCUGGUACGUUUUCAUAAUUGCUUCUGAAACGCUUCAAUUCCAACAACAGAAAAUAAUUUGAAUGAAAAAAAUAGUCAGUGAAAGUUCCAUUUUUCAUAGUUUCCUAUUGAUUUUUAUUCAACAUCUUCUGUCUGCCGGUGACUUGAGCCGCUGUUCGGAGUGAUAUCAAAAAAAAAUGAAUAAGGUGGCUAAGUUACUUUUGAAAAAGGUUUUCUAUUUAUCUGGAAGUUCAAGAAUAAUCGAAUUUAGGAAUUUGAUCCUGACGAGUUCUACCAUCUAUUGGAAGAAGCUGAGGGAGUUGUCAGAGAGCAACUCGGCAGUGGGAGUGCCAGAGUCCCCGACCUACCUCAGUACAUCAUUGGUUCGUUGUUCUUCGCAAUUCUUUGAUGUGAAAUAUCCGAAGAUCAGCGUCUGGAGAUAAAAUUUAGCCACUGUAGUGUAGUUGUGAGAUGAGGAUCUUUUCGCCUACAGGGAAACUUGGAUUGGAUCGAGAUCCUCUGCUGGACGCUGCAGAACGAGCAGAAUCCCCACCAGCGGUUUGUCCUUCAUCGCAUAUCGAAACCUCGGAUGUGACGACCAAAGCCGACGUCUCCGGCAAGGGAUGGCCGACGGAGCAACGGGCACCUCGCGAGGACGACUUCGAGACGAUUAGAGUUUGUCUUUUGCUUCUUUUUUUGGCUUAGCUGCAUCUUGAAUCAUCAGUUCCUUUAAAAAAAUUAGAUUGUUUGAGCUCCUUCAAAAAAUAAGACUAUCAAUAUGUCAAUCAAGUUUAUCAAAAAAAAAAUGAUAAUUUUUAAAACUAACAAUCUCAAGAAAAAGAGUUUUUUUUUCGUAAAUCUCGGAUCCUAUCAAAAGUUGACAACGAUUGGACUUAUUCCAUCAUAAUUUUAUUUUUAUCCAUUUUUGACCGCUGAUCCUUAUCCUCUCUAUCGCAUCGCCUUCAUUUGUUAGUAUUCUAUUUCAUUUCUUUGUCAUAUAUUUUUUUCAUUCGUUCUCGUGUUUUCUAUUUUUGUUUUUCAAUAAAAUCAUCGCACCUAAGAUUGAUUUCUAAUAUUUGUCCAUUUUUUCAGCCGAAAAACGGCUGCGUGUUAAUUUAUAAAAUUUCACUCCUCCCCAAUUUUAUUCAAAAGAUUUCUCAAUAAGUCUUAAAAUUUUCAGCUAGUGAGCAAUGGCGCCUACGGGGCUGUCUACCUCGUACGACAUCGCGAAACACGACAGCGUUUUGCCCUCAAAAAGAUGAACAAACAGACUUUGAUGUUGAGAAAUCAAGUCGAUCAGGUAAAAAAGUUUUGAAUUUUGAAUUAUUGUUUUAAAUUGUGCCAAAAACACACUUUCCAAUCACUUGAGAUUGUGAGAUCUCGUUUCAUAGCUCGAAGAAGUUUGUAUCUGGAAUUUUCAAAUGGGUUGCAGGUGUUUGCCGAGCGAGAUAUCCUGACGAUGGCAGACAAUCCUUUCGUCGUUUCCUUUUACGGCUCUUUCGAGACCCGACAUCACCUGUGCAUGCUGAUGGAGUACGUGGAGGGCGGAGACUGCGCGGCGCUGCUCAAAAAUGCCGGAACCCUGCCGAUCGACCUGGUGAGGCUCUACGUAGCGGAGACGGUUCUCGCCAUCGAGUACCUUCACUCCUACGGCAUCGUCCAUCGCGAUCUCAAGCCAGACAAGUUUGUCAUUUUCGUAUGUCCUUUCUGAAGUGUUCGCUUUUCAGUCUACUCAUCACUGCUAUGGGGCAUAUCAAACUGACGGAUUUUGGCUUGUCAAAGAUCGGUCUGAUGAACAGGACGACCCUGGUCGCCGAGGGGUACGACUCGGUCGCUGAGACUCAGCAGUUCAAAGACAAACAGCUCUGUGGAACUCCCGAGUACGUCGAAUCAAGAAUAUCGGAUAGAAAUUGUUGGAAUUGAAGAUACAUCGCUCCCGAAGUGAUUCUUCGUCAAGGAUACGGCAAACCUGUCGAUUGGUGGGCUCUCGGAGUCAUCCUCUACGAGUUUCUCGUCGGAAUCGUUCCGUUCUUUGGAGAUUCCCCUGAAGAUCUAUUCUCGAAGGUACUCCGAUUCCAGGGAAGGUGGAUGUAUUGAAGUUUCAGGUGAUCACUGAAGAAGUGGAGUAUCCAACAGAGGAAGAGGCCUUGUUACCAGAGGCCGAAGACUUGAUCAAACAACUUUUGGAAAAGAACCCCGCAGAAAGAUUGGGUUUGUUUUCAUUUGAAUUUCAAAUCUCAAACCUGUUUCAGGGACUUUGAACGGUGCCGCGCAGCUCAUGACACAUCCGUUUUUCGAGUCCCUCGACUUCACUUCGCUUCUUCGGCAGAAGGCCGAGUUCGUUCCACAGCUGGACAACGAAGAAGACACCAGUUACUUCGACAGUGAGAUCCCCUCCAUGAGGUGUGGAGCAAAUUUCCGUUGUUCAGCUCGGUCUGACCGCUACAAUCAUGAAGCGGAGUCUUGCGGGGAGGACGACGGCUCCGGCGGCGUUUCUUCCCUGAUGUUCCACUCUUUCUCCACGGCCAGUCCUCGUCACUCCAUCGCUUCAAUAGACCCCAAUCAAAUGGCUCAUGUAUGAUCUUCCUUCCAUUUUUUGAAUCAAUGAACUUUUGAAGCUUGUGGCUGCGGCGAAUGCAGCUGCCAGUGAAAGAUCGUCGACGUCUACUGAAAAUCGCAAAUCUCCGGCCACCGCCCAGUCCAGCGAGGAGCAGUCAAACGACGCCGACUCCAAUGAAAAGGAAAAAGAUGCGGAUUUUGCAGUCCCCAUGCCUUCAGUUUGUUUAUCUCAGCUGAAAACAAUAAAAUGGACUUUCAGGCGGUUCACUUGCGUCGACGUUUCUCAGCCCAACGCCAAAGCAACUUGUCGACGUCGUCUUCUGGCACGACAGGCACCGGAUCAGGCACCAUGUGCUUCCCCAACGCAACUUCUUCCACGGACAGCAGCAUAGACGCCUCCCACAUGCCUAGUUAUCAUUUUGCCGUCGGCGAUUCCGCGAGGUUUAUCAGUGCUUCUCUGCCGCUCACAACGUCUUCUCUUUGAGAUCUCCUCUCCCGAGAUUUGCGAUCUCCUACGAAGGCGCGCCGCUUUCUUCCACGGACGGCAGCAUGCACGAAGACUCGACCCAAACCGCCAGCGCCUCUCCUGAGCCGCAGUCUGGCAGAGAAGCCAAGAACGAAGAAAUCGUUCGUUUCAGGGUGAGUUUUUUCUUUUUUCUAAUGCACUUAUUCCCAGAGGAAUAAUGAAGGGAUAACUAGUUUUUUUUUAAUCUGGAAGGUAAGAUCAUUAAAGUAUCAUAAUUUUUUUCAGUUCAUAUGUAUAUUUAUGAAAGACAUUUGUUUACGUAUCUUUGUAUCUCAAGCGAUAUAAAUAAAGAUAAAAUCACACUCGAAAAGAAACGGGCACGCAAUUGAAGAAGCUACUGAUGAACGGCAAGUGACUAAUAAUUUCAGAAAGGGUUAAAAAUAAAGUUUAGAUUCGAAAACUUCGUGAAACCAUUUUCUCUAAAAUUCGUUUGCAGGCACAAGCCCCAUCGCCUUUGCAACUGGUGAUCCCUUCGCAUUCCUCCUCGUCUUCGCAAAAGACCCAGCCGUCUUCCUCAAAAGACACCUGUUAUGUCGUGAGUCAACUCGGCUCAGAUCUCAACUAUCUUCCAUUGAAGGUGUGCAAAAGCUCGGCAUCUGGCCAGUUGUCGCCUGGAGGCGCCUCUGUUUCGAGUGCUUCUUCGGCGGACAUUCCAUCACCUCAUCACGCUUCGGGCACUUCUCAUCAACUGAUGACGUCACAGAUGGCAGACGCGCAACUCAGCCCCGCUGCUGGAUCACCUGUCAGCAAACAAGUUAACAUCAGGUUUUAUAUUUUGUAAGUUUCGUGAAAACCUGCCAUUUUUUUUUUCAGAAAAGGUCCUUUUGGAUUUGGCUUCACUUUGAAAUCUGUUCGCGUUUAUCUCGCUGAACACUCGGAGUAUUACACCAUCGAACAUAUCGUGACUGCCGUUGUUGAAGGUUUUCUAGAAGCCGACUGUUCCUUGAAGGGUGAGAACUGUUCAGGGAGUCCUGCGUUCGAAGCCGGUCUCCGCUCGGAAGACUUGGUGAUGCAGGUCAACGGCCAUUCCGUUCACAAUCUUACUCACCCACAGCUGAUGCAUCGGCUUCUCAGCUAUGGAAACGAACUCACUUUGAAGGUUCUUUCUUUAAUUAGUUUGAGAACAUUGAAACAUUUUCUCUUCAGGUCACACCUCUCGCUACAACUUCGAUCCGUGAAGGCGCAGCCCGCAAAACGGUCGGAAAGUUGGCCAAGAAAAAGCCGAAACGUCCUCAGCGACGAGUUCCCUUGGAGAAAAAACCAAGGUUAGCAAAUUAAGCCCAACUUUGAUGAGAAUGAAAUGUUUUUAAGGAAGCCGUCGGCUCUGUUGAGAAGACUAAGCGGCAAAAGGACGACCAACGACAUUGUGCCAGGCAGUUCCAGCCAGAAACAAACUUUUAUUCCCAGGUUCUCGCUUAUUUUUCCCCUCUUCUUGACCGUUCUGCUUGCAGAUCAGUUUCGAGCCAAGACGGAAGUAUUCUGACUAAUAUUCCUGGCACGACGACGACGGCGCCUACAGCCCAAGCUUCUGUGAGCGUGACGUCACCGCCGGCUCAAAUUGGCGACGCUUCUACGUCUUCUGCUCCCUCGACAGCUUUGCACGGCGGUCAUCCGUCGACGUCGCCUCGUUCAAAGCAUCCGACGAAGCGAAUGUCAGAUGUCGGUCUGCAGGACAAUCGCUCGCCUCUCGCCGCCAUUCCCUUCUCAAGACCAACUUCCGUGAAGACUUCAACGUCUUCUGCGUCGACGGUCGUUUUACCUCCAAUAACUUCUACGCCUCCAACCACGAUCCUUAAACCAACGCCUUCGAUCGCAGUCAGUCCGCUGGCUCGCAACGUCCACGCGGCGCUCCCGUCCACUGUUCCACCUCCAGUCGUCAAGAUGAGGUGUGUUACGACAUUUUAUAGCUUUCAAUGCUUCGCUCAAUAGUAAGAAUUCUUUCUUUCCAAAUGGGAUUUCCAUUGAAGGCCCUUGAUCCUUUAGUGAAAAAAAGAAAUUUUUUGGGAAUUAACACAUUGAUUUAUAAAAUUUUUGAAUACAUCAUGUUCAUUUACCGAAUUUUCAAUACUAGUAGUAUUUUGAGUUGAGAAAUUUCUCUUUUCAGUUUAUUUUUUCCUAAAUGAACUUAUAUGACAUUGCAAACAUGUUGAGAAUUUUUUCCAAAUUCUCAACAUGUUUGCAAUGUCAUAUUCUGCGGCCAGAGAAAAGUCCGAGUACACCUUGUGCUUUUCGAGGAUUGAACACAGUUCAAAUUUCAACGGUUUGCAGGUCCUCGUCGAACUCAGAAGUGCCGGACAGGUCUCCGCCGCCGCCGCGACCGCCCCCGGUGUCUCAGUCGGCCUUGCAGACGGCUCAGCGGACGGCGUCGGCCCCUCAGGCCUCUACCACACUUUCCGCCGCUCAGUCGCUUCUCAACCGUUUUUUGCCGCGACACGACGACCGCAAAUAA